UGAACAUUCAGGGCUCAGACUCAGGACCAAACAGGAGUAGCUUCUACUGCCUGAAGUUAUGAGUUACCCAGGAAGUCAGACACCUUGAAGGCAUCUCCGUCAUGUGGGACACUGUGGGAGGAUGACCGGACAUCUGCGUCUUCUCAACAUCACAGGAGCUGGAGGAACGACUCCCUGCAAAAUGAACAGUGCAGUGAUUCUGAUAUUAACAUCCAGCUGCUUCACCUGGUCUUCAGCUGCACAUACUCCCAGUGAAGCAGCUUCCAAAAAGCUGAAGUUCCUCCUCGAGCCGCCCGUGUUCGCUGAGGUUGUUGGCCGAAGGGGAGAAAACGUCACGCUGCCGUGUAUCCUGAGGACCAAACCUACUCAUUACAAAGUGAAGUGGACAAAGAGGGACCCGGAGAACGUAGGGCCGGAGAACAUCAUCAUGAUAGCAAACGCUCACGCCUGCAAGCCGUACGGCCAUCUUGGAUCGCGGGCUUCUCUCCGGAAGGCCCACGCCUUGGAUGCCUCGAUGCAGCUCAGCCAUCUUGCGCUGGAAGAUGGCGGCACGUACCGCUGUGAGGUCGUCAAUGGCAUCGAGGAUGAGAGUGUUGCCAUUACUUUGAGGAUUGAAGGUGUGGUGUUCCCAUACCAGAGCAAAAAUGGCCGCUACAGAUUCACUUUCCACGAGGCUAAGGAGGCUUGUGAAGAGCAAGAUGGGACAUUAGCCUCAUACAACCAGCUGUACAGAGCGUGGACCGAGGGUCUGGACUGGUGCAAUGCAGGCUGGCUCCGCGAUGGGACCGUCAGUUACCCCAUUAUUCAAAUUCGACCUGCGUGUGGAGGAGAGGUGCUCCCUGGCAUCCGCAGUUAUGGACCGAAAGAUAAGAAUCACGAUCGGUUUGACGCUUUCUGCUUCACCUCCAAGACUCCUGGCUUGGUGUCCUACAUAUCGGGGUCUUUCUCCUUCGAGCAAGCAGGACACGCAUGCAAACGCCAGGGAGCUGAGCUGGCGUUGGUCGGCCAUCUUUACUCCGCCUGGCGUUUCCAGAAAUACGAUCAGUGUGACGGCGGAUGGCUGAGAGACGGCAGCGUACGGUUUCCCAUCAGCAACCCCAGGGAGCGCUGUGGAGGCAUCCCUGAAGCAGGGGUGCGCUCAUUUGGAUUCCCUAACAAGAUGAUGCAUCUUUACGGCGCCUACUGCUAUAGGUAGCCCUAAAUAAACAGAAACAAAUACACUUUGUGAGUCCAAGCAAGAAAACCUGAGAGACCCAGAAUUUACUGCACAGUGUACACAGCUUGACCCGCCAAUCCUGAGCAAGAACUCUGACGUGAAGCUACAGACAAUUACUAACAGAUUAUACUUGAUUUUUCAACAUUUAUUUCAGGAUGCACAAACCACUUUGAACAACUGGCAGAAAACGGUAUAAAGCAUGUUUUACAUACUCAAUCAUUUUGUACUUAACCUGUAAUAACGUUUUGCAUGGCGUCACUCGUCUGUGAAGGUUCAACACGUUUGGUUAACGUUGGGUCGAUCAACACGAGGCUGAGCUGCUUACUGUGAGCUCGUUCAAAGAAGCUAAAACUCUGAAGUGCGAGUAACACUGCUGCUUACUUUCACAAUGAACUUUUUAUCUGUUCGUUAACUAAAUGAGAUCUAAUGCAUUCAACAAGUUGGCAAAAAAAUGAUUUGACAAUAAAUUAUUUGUGCAAUAUUUC